GCAGUGCCAGUCGGCAUGCGCACAUGCGCGGUAGUGGUUGUUCGCAGUUAUAAUUCUGCUCGCGCAGCAGCUCUCCCUUUUCGCCCCAGUUGAGAGGUGACGGGCGGGUUGUUGUCGUCGUUUUCACCUGAACCAGGGCCGCCUUUUCUGGAAACCAUCAUGCAGCUGUUUCUACAUGCUCAAAACACCCACACCCUUGAUGUGACUGGGGAAGAGACUGUUGGGGAAAUUAAGGCCCAUGUUGAAUCCCUGGAAGGAGUCUCUGCUAUUGACCAAGUGAUCCUUUUGGCUGGCACUCCCUUGGAUGAUGAUGCCAUCAUAGGCCAAUGUGGUAUCAGUGAGCACUGCACUCUAGAAGUAGUUGCUCGAUUAUUGGGUGGCAAGGUCCAUGGAUCCCUUGCUCGAGCCGGAAAAGUAAAAGGUCAGACUCCAAAGGUUGCAAAGCAAGAGAAGAGGAAAAAGAAGACUGGCCGUGCAAAGAGACGCAUGCAGUACAAUCGCCGUUUUGUAAAUGUUGUGCCAUACUUUGGCAAGAGGAAGGGACCAAAUUCCAAUUCCUAAAUUUUGUUUUGGAGCUUUUCUGUCAUCAGAAACCGACUAUUUGAUUCAAUAAUGAAUUGAGGUCUAUGCUUCACUCUCUUAUAGGCGUGGCUCAUUGUACUGGAACUUUCAGAAAUCGAGUAAUUGGCUUAGUCAUUUAAAAUCUUUAAUAUGACUAAUAAAAAUACUUAACAUUUGUGUUGUCAAAA